ACACACACACACACACACAAUGUGAUUCCCUGCCCUUCCCAUGAGGUAGCCAAGCCCCGUCGUUGGCAUCUGAAACAGCUGGGUCGCGUCGAGAAGAUUGUGGAUUAACGUUUUGUUUUUUUUCUUUUUUCUUUUUUUUUUUCCUUCUCUCCUUUUCCUUUUCUCCGAGAAACCCCCCGGACGUGCUUCAGUGGCCUUUAGCCAAAAUGAGCGUCGAUUUAAUUGAAUCAGCUACAUGAGUGGAGUCCAAACAAACACGUAUUUCUCCUAAGGAGUGCACUUUUUUUUUUUUCUCUCUCUCUCUCUCUCUCCUCCAUAUCUGCUGAAACAAACGGCGCCAGACGCUCUGGAAAAUAUGGAAAGCGAGGUUUUCAGCCCUUUGCUGGAGCAGUUCAUGCUCACGCCUCUGGUCUGCUGGGUGAAGACGGUCGGGCAGCCGUCGGUGACCGACGGCACCAAAUUAUCGGAAUAUAUUGAGUUGGUGGACGGGAUUUACCUGAACGAGAUAAUGCUUGAGAUAAAUCCUAAAGCCACGGUACAGAGGACCAACAAGAAAGUGAACAAUGACCCCACACUGCGCAUCCAGAACCUUUCUAUUCUCAUCAGGCAGAUUAAAGCCUAUUAUCAGGAGAGUCUCCAGCAACUGGUAAUGAUGCCUUUACCUAACGUGCUGGUACUGGGCCGGAACCCUCUCUCCGAGCAAGGCCUGGAGGAGAUGAAGAAACUACUGCUGCUGCUACUAGGCUGUGCUGUUCAGUGCGAGAAGAAGGAAGAGUACAUUGAGUGUAUCCAGACUCUGGACUUUGACAGCAAAGCUGCCAUAGCCUCCCACAUCCAAGAGGUGACUCAUAACCAGGAGAACGUAGUGGACCUGCAGUGGUUGGAAAGUGGGGAAAUGCCUCCUGAGGAUCUGGACAGCCUCUCCAGAAACCUGGCUUUCCACCUCAAACGCCUGGUGGAUGAAAGGGACACCCAGCUGGAGACUAUAGUGGAGUUAACCCAGGAGAGAGACUGUGUGCAGUUGUCUCCACUGGCUCCCUGUCCAACACAGUCUCCCGGUGACUCCCCCAGCAUGAGGAGAACCGAGAGUCGACAGCAUCUGUCUGUGGAGCUGGCUGAUGCCAAGGCCAAGAUCAGACGCCUUCGUCAGGAACUAGAGGAGAAGAGUGAGCAGCUUUUGGACACCAGACAGGAGCUUGACAACAUGGAGGUGGAGCUCAAGAGGCUUCAGCAAGAGAGCUACCAGCUGCUGUCAGACGCCCGGUCGGCCCGGGCCUACCGUGACGAGCUGGACGCACUCAGGGAGAAAGCGAUCCGUGUCGACAAACUGGAGAGCGAGCUGAGCCGAUACAAAGAGAGACUUCACGACAUCGAGUUUUACAAGGCCAGAGUCGAGGAGCUGAAGGAGGACAACCAGGUCCUGCUGGAAACUAAGACUAUGCUGGAGGAACAGCUGGAUGCUAGCAGGACCCGGUCUGACAAACUGCACCUCCUGGAGAAAGAGAAUCUGCAGCUCAAAUCCAAGAUCCAUGACCUGGAGAUGGAGCGGGACUUGGACCGUAAGCGUAUGGAGGAGCUGUUGGAGGAGAACCUCGUGCUUGAGAUGGCCCAGAAACAGAGCAUGGAUGAGUCUCUGCACCUGGGCUGGGAGCUGGAGCAACUAUCCAAGACACCAGAGAUGACUGAAGUCCCUCAGAAGUCUCUUGGUGAGGAGGUGAAUGAGCUGACCUCGAGCCGCCUGUUGAAGCUGGAGAAAGACAACCAGACCCUGCUGAAGACUGUGGAGGAGCUCAGAGGAGCAGCCAGUCAGGACACCAUGGCAAAACUGGCUAAAGUCAGCCAUGAAAACCAGAGACUGAACCAGAAAUUUGAGCAGCUGCAGAGUGAGCUGACAGCAGACAGGGAGUCGCUUCGCACCGCCGAGUCGCUCAGUACCGACCUGAUGAAGGAGAAGGCUUUACUGGAGAAGACUCUUGAAACACUCAGAGAAAACUCUGAGAGACAGCUGAAGGGUCUGGAGCAGGAGAACAAGCACCUGAGCCAGACGGUGUCAUCUCUACGCCAGCGCUGCCAAGUAGGUGCUGAGGCGCGGGUCAAGGACGUGGAGAAAGAGAAUCGCAUUCUCCACGAGUCCAUCUGCGAGACAACCGCCAAACUCAAUAAGAUGGAGUUUGAAAGGAAACAACUGCGCAAGGAGCUUGAGGUGAUGAAGGAGAAAGGUGAGAGAGCAGAGGAGCUGGAGAUUCAGAUGCAGAAGCUGGAAAGGGACAACGAGAGCCUGCAGAAGAGAGUUGCCAGUCUUGGAAUCACCUGUGAAAAGGUGUCUUCUCUGGAGAAGGAGAACACAGAGUUGGAGGCGGAGGCCCGUCGUCUCAAGAAAAAGCUGGAUGCUCUGAAGAACAUGGCCUUCCAGCUGGAGGCUCUGGAAAAGGAGACCACCCAGCUGGAGCAGGAGAACCUGGAGCUCCGGCGCUCAGCUGAGAGCCUCCGGUCGGCGGGGGCUAAGGCUGCUCAGCUGGAAGCUGAGAACAGGGAGCUGGAGAGUGAGAGGAGCCAGCUGAAGCGCGGCCUGGAACUGCUCAAAGCCUCGUCCAAGAAGACUGAGAGAUUAGAGGUGAGUUACCAGGGCCUAGAUACAGAGAACCAGCGCCUGCAGAAGGCUUUAGAGAACAGCAGCAAGAAGAUCCAGCAUUUGGAAGCAGAGCUGCAAGAGGUGGAGACUGAGAAUCAAACCCUCCAACGCAACCUGGAGGAGCUCAAGAUCUCCAGUAAACGCUUGGAGCAGCUGGAGCAGGAGAACAAGACUCUGGAGCAGGAAAGCUCCCAGCUGGAGAAGGACAAGAAGCUUCUGGAGAAGGAGAACAAGCGGCUGAGGCAGCAGGCCGAGAUCCGCGACUCCAAGCUGGAUGACAGCAACCAGCGGAUCUCCACCUUGGAGAAAGAGAACCGAACCAUGGGUAAGGAGAUGAUCUUCUUCAGGGACUCCUGCACGAGAGUCAAAGACCUGGAGCGAGAGAACAAGGAGCUGGUCAAACAGGCCACCAUCGAUAAGAAGACCCUCAUCACACUCAGAGAGGAGCUUGUGAGUGAGAAGCUGCGAACUCAGCAGAUGAACAAUGAUCUGGAGAAACUGACCCAUGAGUUGGAGAAGAUUGGACUGAACAAGGAAAGGCUGCUACAUGACGAGAGCUCAGACGACAGGUUUAAGCUCCUGGAGACCAAACUGGAGUCGACUCUGAAAUCAUCUUUGGAGAUUAAAGAGGAGAAGAUUGCCGCCCUAGAGGCCAGACUGCAGGAGUCCUCGAACCUCAACCAGCAACUUCGCCAGGAACUCAAGACAGUGAAGAAAAACUAUGAAGCGCUGCGUCAGAGGGAGGAGGAGGAGAGGAUGGUGCAGAGCUCGCCCCCUAGAGGAGGGGAGAACCCACAGUGUGUCAGUAAAUGGGAGAAGGAGAGCCAUGAAGCCACCAGGGAACUGCUGAAAGUCAAAGACAGACUCAUUGAGGUGGAGAGGAAUAACGCCACGCUGCAGGCUGAGAAAGCAGCCCUGAGGAGCCAGCUCAAACAGCUGGAAACUCAAAGCUCCAACCUGCAGGCUCAGAUAGUGGCCCUGCAGAGACAGACUGCCUCUCUACAGGAGAACAAUACGACACUACAGACACAGAACGCCAAGCUGCAGGUGGAGAACUCUACCCUGAGCUCGCAGAGUGCAGCCCUCAUGGCCCAGAAUGCCCAGCUGCAGAGUCAGCAGAGCAGUGUGGAGGGCGAGCGCGAGGGAGCGCUGAAGGAGAAAGAGGAGCUGAGGGCCACCUAUGAGCUGCUCCUCCGUGAUCACGAGAAGCUCGCGGCGCUCCAUGAAAGGCAGGCAGCCGAGUUUGAAGCCCUGAUCGGAAAGCACGGGGGCCUGAAGAUCUCCCACAAGAGCCUGGAGCAGCAGCACAGGGACUUGGAGGACAAGUACAAGCAGCUCCUGCAGAGAAAGGGGGAGCUGGAGGAGCUGGAGAAAAAUCUGAAGGAGCAGCAGGAAAAGAUGGCACUGGAGAAUCAAACCCACCAAGCCACAGCCAACCAGUGCAAACUGCUCAAAGAGGAAAACGAUAGACUUAAUACAACCUACCGUCAGCUGUUGAAGGACAAUGAGAAUCUCCAGCUGGACCAUAAGAACAUAAAGAGCCAGUUAAACAGCGCCAAGCUGGAGCAGACCAAGCUGGAGGCCGAGUUCUCUAAACUGAAGGAGCAGUACCAGCAGCUGGACAUAACCUCCACCAAGCUCACCAACCAGUGUGAACUGUUGAGCCAGCUGAAAGGAAACCUGGAGGAGGAGAAUCGUCACCUGUUGGACCAGAUCCAGACUCUGAUGCUACAGAAUCGCACACUGCUGGAGCAGACCAUGGAGAGCAAAGACCUGUUCCACGUGGAGCAAAGACAAUACAUAGACAAGCUAAAUGAGUUGAGGAGACAGAAGGAGAAGCUCGAGGAGAAGAUCAUGGACCAGUACAAGUUCUACGACCCCUCACCUCCACGCAGGCGUGGCAACUGGAUCACUCUGAAGAUGAGGAAGCUGAUAAAGCCGAAGAGCCGGGAGAGGAUGCGUUCGCUCACGCUGACUCCGUCUCGUUCAGAGUCUGGCGACAGUUUCCUUACCUUUCCCCAAGACAGCCAGGACAGCUCGUCCAUAGGCUCCGGCUCCAACUCGCUGGACGACACACUCACACAAAAGAGGAGCAGCACUAUAAAAAGGUUGCCUUUCAUGAGGAACAGAUCCAAGGACAAAGACAAGGCCAAAGCCAUCUACCGGCGCUCCAUGUCCAUGAAUGACCUGCUGCAGACCAUGGCGGUGGCAGGUGGUCCCGGGGCGCAGUGGGCGGGCAGUACGGAGAACCUAGAUGGCAUUGAGGCUGGAGACGCCGUCAUGACGGGCAGCGGCAGACGCAGCGGGCAGCGCAUGAAGGAGCUUGCCUUUUCCACCAACGCCAUCGACUGUGCUGCCCUCACCCUGCCCACUGCAGGGCACGGAAGGGCUAAGCACCAGUUUCAGGUCAAAGAUAAUGCCUCCUGUGAGGAUGUUCCCGGCUCCUCGGAUGACCCCAAGAGUCAAGCCACCAGACCCUCCAGUCUCCAUAGCAACAGGACCACCAGUAGUAAUAGUAACAAUAACUCCCACCUCACUUCUCCUCUGGAGGGUAAAGGCACAUUGAAUGGCAGCCUCAGUAGGCCUCAGAGUGAGAGCAGCGGAGAGUUCAGCCUGAGCUUAGACCAGGAGGUGUGGUCCAGCAGCGGCAGCAGCCCCGUCCAGCAGCCCACCUCCUCGCGCUCCUCCCACCAGAGCCCCCUGCAGCUGCGCAGAUCGCUCGACCCAUCUGCCGCCGCGGGCAGCCAGAACCAGAUCAGGAAGACGGGAUCCCCUGGAAGUGAGGUGCUUUCCCUGCAGCAGUUCUUGGAUGAGGGUAUUGAUCCUGCAGAGUCCGGCAGUCAGGAGAACCUCACUGUAGACUCUCCCCGCCUGUCCACUUCUACUGAGCAUGUGCAGAAAGAACGCACCUCCACAAAGAGCCGAGGCAUAUUGCGCUCAUCCAGCGGAAAAGCAGCACCAGUCAGCUCCGACCGGCCACCGCGAUCCUCGGGACAACCCGGGCGCCCAACCCUGCGGAAGGCGGAGAGCACCCGUGUGAAAGGCUCCGUCCCAGUCCGCUCCAGCCUGUCCACGCAGGGCAAAGCCACAUCCGUCUCCGAACGCCUGGACUCGGCCUCCUCCACGCUGCCCCGAGCCAGCAGCGUCAUCUCCACCGCUGAAGGCACCACGCGGCGCACCAGCAUCCACGACCUGCUCUCGAAGGACAACCGGCAGCCCGUGUCGGUUGACGCUUCUCCUCCCAUCGCCUCCACCAAGGCUGGGGUACGCUCCCAGUCUACAUCCAGUGAGUACCACCCCAACAGCACCAACCUAAAGGGACCCCUUAUCACCACCACCCCCCUGCCCAAGUCACUCAGCUUACCUUGCCAUAGCUUGGAAGACCCCGACCUCUCCACCAUCGAGUCUUUCCUCGGCCCUUCCUUCACUGUAGAGUCGGUGUUCAUGGACUCCAUUUUUAGUGAGUCAGCGGGCAAAAACCUCCCCUUCCUUGCUCUCAACCCCACCCUAGUCAGCAAUAUCAGUGGGCCACCUGUUACAAAUAAAACCCCCCAGGCUCCACCUAUUCCAAAUUACAUUUCCACCCAAAACCAGACCCCUCACAGCCAAUCAAACGGCCAGAUGAGAUCCGGUCCAGCCAGUCUGCAGGAGUGUAACGAGGGCAUCGACCCCAGUCAUGUGAAUAAUUCGGACCAGUCACUGAGCCCAGAGGACAGCCAGUCUCUGUGGUAUGAGUACGGGUGUGUGUGAACGACAGGGAGGUUCUGGCUUGCUGAUCUUUAUACCAGACUUGACUUAGAGUGGAGAAUGAAAAGGAUAGAUAAAUGACAAAUCCUCCUCCUCUGCAUGUAUUUAUCAGAGCCCUGUCUGUCUCUGUGUGGUGUAUUGGUUUCAUGCUUUCUCGUUUGCCAUUGUGCUGAUUGGUGAUUUGCUCUUUUGUUAUUGUUAUUUUUGUUUUUUUGGGGGGAAUUUUUGGUUUGGUUUGGUUUGGUUUGUUUUUUUGUUUUUUUUUUGGUCACCACCUGUUCUGACCUUUUUCUGUCCUGUUCUGUUGGACUCUGAUGAAUGUUCUUCCGUCCAACAGCAUUUACCAUAUUAUUGUUUCCUCAUCAAAUCCGUUUCACUGGCUAACACUAUACUAUUAUCUGCUGUAGUGGGUUUAUACAUCACAGUUAAAGCUUGGUGUUUCUGUUCAGAGCUUCACUCGUAAAUUAGCUGUGAGCAGAAAUGUUGGAGAUUCAGCCAUAAAAAAACAGCAGGAAAUGUAAAUGUGAGAAAUAGCUGUCUCCAGAUAAGGAGCAAAGCAUUGUGGGACAGAUCUCACAGUAGCAAUUUCUUCAAAUUAAAGUCUUUCAGUGUGUCAGAUAAUAGGUUCACUUGUUACCCGUUGCUUAUCGUGUUUUAGUGUACUGGAGACUGUCUUUUUCACUGCUGUUAACUCGGUUGCAUUAUCCACUAAACUGCAUGGCUUUGUCCUGUCUCAGUCCGACCUGAAACACUCAUUUUGAUUGCUCUGAUCAAAAUGUUUAUGUUUAUCCUCUUUUUGUUUCUAUUGACGGUGUGUAUUGUUUCUUUAUUGUACAUUUGACACCUUUUUUCUGUAUUUUCUUUUACGUAUAUUAACUGUAGCAUUUGCUCUGCGGAUGAUGGGUUUUGACCUGGAGGACUUCUUGGGCUGGUGACAAAAUGAUGUAGCUUCAUUCCCAGAAUGAUCUGAGGGGAGGAUUUAGUUGGUUAAGGGAAAGUUGACAGUGAAGGUAGUGGAAUAUGACCAGAGUGAUUGUUAUAUUUUAGAUGUAGGCAGUCUUUGAUAGAGUUGUUGAAACAGGGAGUCAUUCUAGUAAGUUGAGGGUAGUUUGUAGUGGUCCGAUUGUUUUGCGAAUGAAGCUAACAUCAUUUCUUUUGGUAUCUGGAAACUUCUAUUUAUCCAUCCCAACGCACCACAAUUCGAGAAUGGAUAAUAUUUGACUAUGUAUUUUAGACUGACAAGACCUUGUACAGAUUGUUGUAAUCAUUAAGUUAUAAUCAAAGACGAGCACUGCUUUAUGUGCCAAUACUAGUAGAACUGUCUGCAUCCUAGAUCCUUAUUUAUUUCUGCUUUUGUACUCUGUAGUUGCUGUUUGAAGUUGCUUUAUUGUAUUUAUCUUGAUCUAUAGUAUAUGCAGAUAUAAAGUAAAUGAAAAUGUUCUUGUCAUUCUCUACAGAUGUAACAUAAACAUUGCCUUUGUCCUACAGAUGAGGAGGGCAGAAAGUCUAAAAGCAGGAGCGGGGAGCCGCAGCAAAGCUGCUAAACCCUGCCUCCCCCCAACCUCGUCUGUCUGCUACCAUGCUGUGAGCGCGUGGUGAGUGAGUG